UUUUGAAUAUGCAAGUGCUCACUUUGUGUUGUAAUUCCAUGUGGUUGCACUGCGAUCUGCGAGCAGUCCUCGCUGCUGGUAUGUCAUGCUGUGGUUUCAUGGGGCACCCUCAGGCAGAACGUCCCCACUGAUGGACUCAGUUCUGACCUACACAUCACAAAAAUAGAGGGCAACCGAUUUUCUUGGCCACUCCAUACAGGUUUCACUGGUAUUCCAUGUUUGUUAAAUGGAAACCAAUUGAAAUUGCACUUAUUGGAGAUUAAUUAGGUGAUAGAUAUAUUGCACUUUGUAUUUAAUUAACCGUUUUGUGUUCAAUAGAAGGAGGUCACUUUGCUGCAGUAGUUGUGUACCGCUAACCCGCUGUGACAGUGAGGAAGAGAGAACUGCUGUAUUAUUUAACAGCCACACCAGCCUGCAAUGUUUAAGAAACAGCAAUACGGAAGUGACUGGGAAGCCGCAGUGUUUUCCCCUUUUUCCCCAAAUUCUGCUGGGCCAUGAAGGCUGGCAUCGCUGCCCUGACAGCGGGCAUCCUGGGCAGCACGGCCAUGCUGCUCUUCCUGCUCGCCUUUGGGACGGACUACUGGCUGCUGGCUGCGGACAUGUGCGGGGUCAUCGGGGAUGGAAACAACACGCACCAGUCCAGAGAGGCAGACACACUGACAGAGGCUGGGACGCAGAUCCUCACUUUCCAUCACGAGGGCUUCUUCUGGCGGUGCUGGUUCUUCGGCGAGGGCCAGUCCACGACCAUCUGGACCUUCUGGUACACCAGCCAAGCGCACCCCAAGCACUGCAUGCACGGCUACCUGUUCCCCAUGCCCAUCGUCCUGGGGCCUUUCCCACAUCCCUCCUAUGACACGACUGCAGUGUACAGAGGCUUCUGGACGGCGUUCAUCAUACUGGCUGUUGCUGCUGGCCUGGUGGGAGGACUGCUGCUGGUGUGUGGUGUGCCCUUUGUCAGUGCCAGGUCCUACAAAGUGGGCGGCGGGUUCCUGAUAGCCUCAGGAAGUUUAUUUCUCCUGCUCAUUUUCCUCUUUGUGCUGUGGAAGGAGCUUGUGGCCGAUUUCCAGAAGUACAUCCUCCUGGAGAGGAGCGAGGUGUGCCUGCAGGAGGCUCCCGUACACGUGUUAUAUGGCUGGUCCUUCUUCCUUGCUGCCGCCGGCGUGCCCCUGUCGCUGCUCUCUGGGCUCCUCUUCUUCCUGAUCGGCAGAGAAAUGACAGAGUCACUUGAGUAAGAAAAGGUGCUGAGAAACUCUUGGAGAAAACUGUUGAUGCUCCUUGUAAUGAAACAUACACAAGUUUUGAAGAUUAUGUCCUUUUUGUAGCUGUAAAUAUUGGCGUAGGUGCGUGAUUGAAGUCAGCGUUAUUUGGAGGCAGGGUGGAGCACUUAGCAUGCAAACACUCUCAGUCCUGUAGGCAUCUCUCUGGACUGUGCAGCAGUUUCAGGUGGGAGGACCAGCCUCCACUGUGGCCAGCAGUCACCAUGGCUCGGCACUGCCAGCGCGGCCCAUCCGUGUUCAGCAGCACUGGAGGUUCCCAGCAUUCCCAGCAUCCUCGUUUCCUCUAAGAGGUAAUCGAAUGUGGCUGUGGGGGUGUAUGCUCUGACAUCUUUUCUGAGAAGCAAUUAAGGAUGAUUUUUUUUUAGCUAGCUCUAAUUGACGUCAAAGGACAACCAUUUUAAUGGAAUGUCUGGAAACAUGAGAGUUUUUUUCAUUAAAAGCCUUGAUUCUGAAGAUACAAAUGUACCUAUGCCUAACCUAACUCUUAAUAAUGACUAAACUAAUUUCUGUGGUAUGCAACAUGAGAUGUAUUAAUUAGUAUUUCUUUAAAGCACUGUGCUACGAUGCAUUUAAGAUUUUGCCUGAACAGAGAGCUGUGGAAAUUUGCAAUCCAAAACUGAAAAUUAGAGCUGGGGGAAAGAAAACGGGAACAAUGAUGCUAUGAUUUUUUUUUGUUUGUUUGUUUUUAUGGUAGAGUUUGUCAGCCAGCUCACCAGGGGACCCUGUUGUAUUCCACCUAGCAUAAGAGCCAGCUCUGAAAAGACUUAUUAUAUACAAUUUAUAUAUUUUUUAAUUCUUGCAAUUGCGCAAGUGUACAUUGUCUGACAGGUUAAAGUGGUCCCACUAAGAGUAAUGCAUACUAAUGCUAUGUAAAAUGAUCUAAAUUCAGGAGGUGAUGUCAUUUAUUCUGUGUAUGUGAAGGCUUGUAGACACUUGAGAAAUGACAAAGAGUUGAUCUUGUGUUUUUCAGUCAAGAUCUUGCUAUUUUGAAGUAGUUUGUUGGGCCCUUGCUUUCUGAAUUCAUCUGCAUAAAUUUUAAAUUAAACUUACUAAAAAUACAUGCUUUUCUCAUGGAUGUCAAAGUUUAUGGUAAACAUAUAUUUCCAAAGCUUUAUGUCAUACUACUGACUCAGUAUAUUUAAUUAAUAAUGUAAUGUAAACCUCUUCUAGAAAGCAGCGAAGA